AUGUCUGAGUGCCCCAAAAGCGCAGAUGACCCCGCCAUCUCCUCUGGUAUCUGCUUCAAAUGCGGUUCCACGGAACACGGCGCCUAUUCCUGUCGAUCGAAGGUGAAAGGAUUUCCUUUUGCCAAAUGCUUUGUCUGUGGCGAAGAGGGACAUCUGUCGCGACAAUGUCAGAAAAAUUUGAAAGGCCUCUACCCGGACGGAGGAUGCUGUAAGCACUGCGGUUCUAUCAAUCAUAAAGUAAAGGAGUGUCCGGUCAUCACCGGCAAACAAGGUAAGAAAAUUGACUUUUGCAUCAGAAUCCCACAGUGUUGUUAAUC